AUGGAUCACUUUUGCCGUACCCCACCAAGCCACGUCGUCGGAACCUCGAUACUUCUACGACUACUCCUACUCCUGGCGGCGUCGUUGUUCGCCACCUGCUCCUCCGCUACCGAAACCGUGACGGAAACCUCGCAGGCAACGACUGUCGAGGACGGGACGACGGGAAUCCCCAAGCUCUCCACCAAUGAUGCUACGACGAAAAAAGCCAAGAAUCCGUUCACCAAUCGUACUUGGAUCGUAACGGCGACGGCUCCCGUUCCGUCUCGACCCGUCAAUCCGUUUGCCGCGGAUACGACGACCGAAGCUCCGUUGUCUCACUGGACGUGCUUUCGGACGGCGUCGUCACCACGCCAGCCUGUCACCGCCGCCGACAAGCUUGCCUGCUGUCAACAAAUCUACCGAGUUAUGCAGAAAGAACCAACCUUGUGUUGGAACGGUAAGAAGGGGUGUAACAGCAAAGACCACCGGAGUGCCUUUUUUCCAGUCUGCCAAGAACUCAUUGCGGUGGUACCGAAUCUUUCCCCCCACACACCCGUAUCUUAUCGUCCACACUUUCAACCACAAUUCACCUUUGUCUGGACGCGCUUUGUAUCGCCGCCACCGAAAUCCUGGCGACAAUGUAUGAGUUUCUCCAAUACCAAUACGACGUCUACGCAAUGGUUCUACACCGUCACGUCUCCAUACGAACUUGCCAUGGAUCCGUACCGGCUCUUCAACAUUGUGGAACCGACCAGAGGAAUACCGUCAAAAGGCAGUAACAACAAACGUGAAGUAGAGGUGGAUGGACAUUUUACGGCAACUUUAAUGACCGAGAUCGCUCCUUCUCCCAACGACGAUCGCGAAAAUGUAGAGCGAAUUCUAUACCACCAAAUUCUUCCCAAUAUAACCAAGCGUAAUGCAAAUGCCGGUCACAAUAAUCAGUCUUUCCAGAGCUUUUCGCUAUUUCUGCAGAUCUUCUACACCCUUCCUCAAGGUAUUCGGAUACCCGCUCAGGAGCAACUGAGAUGUCGCACAACUUGCGGAGAUUCCUGUACACUCGCUUGGUCCGAGUCAGCCCCAACGAUUGUUAAAAGCAACAAAAAUCAACCCCAAGAGUGUCGUUCAUUGGACUUGGUCUUUGCGAUCGAUGACGUCGCUCCACAUGACUGCAAAGUGGCCUGGAAAAUUCCCAUCAUGUUGGACUUGGACGUGGUGGACGAGGAAGCCGCCUGGGUCCCGGCACCCGUACUUGUCGCGGGCCAGGCGCAAGCUCUCACUACCAAUGAGGAGACAAUGCCUAUAGAGCCAAUACAACUGUGGAAGAGUAGUGCAACCGCAGCUACGGGUUCAUCGUAUCACAAUCCUUUGCCGCUGGAUUUAGAUCGGGUUCGAGACGAACUGGAACCUUGGAUGGAAGAACUAUAA